CAAAUGGCGUCGGGGGCGGUGCUGGUGACCCGGAUGUAAAUGGCGCAUCAUAGGGCGGGAGGACACAAGACAGGCGACCCUGCCCGCGGUACGUAGCCGUUUACGUCAUCGGGCUGGAACGCGGAGGGAUGGGGACCGCUCUGGACAUCAAGAUCAAACGGGCCAACAAGGUCUAUCUCUGCGGGGAAGUUCUUUCUGGAGUGGUGGUCAUAACGAGUAAGGAUGCAAUCCAACACCAGGGUGUCUCCUUAACGAUGGAAGGAUCAGUAAAUCUGCAGCUCAGUGCCAAAAGUGUUGGUGUGUUUGAAGCUUUCUAUAACUCUGUUAAGCCUAUUCAAGUUAUCAACAGUACCAUAGAAAUGGUAAAACCAGGAAAACUUCCCAGUGGCAAAACAGAAAUUCCUUUUGAGUUUCCAUUGCAUAUGAAGGGCAACAAAGUUCUAUACGAGACAUAUCAUGGUGUGUUUGUCAAUAUUCAGUAUACCCUUCGAUGUGAUAUGCGACGUUCUCUACUGGCCAAAGACCUGACUAAGACUUGUGAAUUCAUUGUUCACUCACCACCUCAGAAAGGAGUGUUGAUGCCAAGCCCAGUGGACUUUACAAUUACACCUGAAACGUUACACAAUGUUAAGGAGAGAGCCUCGCUCCCAAAAUUUUUCAUCAAAGGUCAUCUCAACUCAACUAACUGCAUCAUUACACAACCGCUAACUGGGGAGUUGGUGGUGGAGAAUGCAGAAGCUGCAGUCAAAAGUAUUGAGCUACAGUUAGUACGUGUGGAAACUUGUGGUUGUGCUGAAGGUUAUGCUAGAGAUGCUACAGAGAUUCAGAAUAUUCAGAUUGCUGAUGGGGAUGUCUGUAGAAGCUUGUCUAUUCCAAUAUACAUGGUGUUUCCCAGGCUGUUUACCUGCCCUACACUGGAAACUACAAAUUUCAAAGUUGAGUUCGAAGUUAACGUUGUUGUCCUCCUGCACGAUGAUCAUCUCAUCACAGAAAAUUUCCCACUGAAGCUCUGCAGGGUGUGAAUAUCCACAGGAGAAUUACUAAUGGAGGAACAAGGAAAUUCUUCAGCUACCAAAUGGAAAUUCAGUUCAUAUCUUCAAGCUUAUUUUAAUUGAAGGACUAAAACAUUUGCUCAUCUCACUAUUGACUUCUUUGUUGGAAGGGAGUGCAGUUCUCUGUAAUUCUUACCAAACACUUUGUCUAUCUUCUGAUAUUAUUAAUGAAUGUGCUUUUCUGCUGAGAUUCCUGCCAGGUAUCUCUUUGAAUUCAACAGCCAUGCCAUCCUUUCUCUCUCUCUCUCUCUCUCUCUUUUUUUCUCUCUUAAGAACCCUUAAGGGAUGUUUUUUGCACAUUCCUGUCAUGCACAACACACAGUAUGUUUCUAUGAUUAAUUCAUAAUUUAACACUUGUGACAACUCUUUAAAUGUUUCCUUUAUAAGGAUCCUUGUAUCUAAACAGUUAACAGGCCCUGCUAUGUAUUGGUCCUUGAAGGAGAGACUGUGAGAUUAGAUGUUUCCUAAGCCGCUGCCUCAUAUGGAUGCUGAGAGACCUAAUGUUUAGGAGACGCUUUGAGACAUUUGAAUGAUGCUUCAGAAUUGCAACACAGUGUUACUGGAGCAUUAUCGCACAAAGAAUAUGAAAUUAAAGGAAACUAAGUAUGUUUCAGUUUAGAUUGAGAAGUGAAUCCAUUAAUCAGGGGAACAACCUCAGAGCUAAAGCUUUUUAUAGUAACAAAGUUGAUACAAAUAUCACAUUCUAGUUAGCUUGGUCAGUUAUUUGCGUAAGUUCUACUCUUUGAGAGGACCAAACUGUCAAAAGAGGUUCUAGCUUGCAGUUGUACCAGACCUCCUGCUCUUGAUUAGCCACUCCACGUUUAUUUCUUUUCCACCUACAACUGAGUUCUUUACCUACAAUCUAGUUGUGGUGUGAAAAUGUGGGUCCUUACUUUGCUCUUAUGGCAACAAAGGCAUCAGAUGAAAGCUGCUGUCAGUAUGCUUGGCUGCUACAUUGUAGACUAGCUCUUUCCUGUGCCUGACUUUAUUGCAAAGUAAAAUACUUUACUAAAGACUGCAUAAACAUAUGUAUGUUUUGACCACUCCAGUUAACGUUUUGCCUGCAAUAUGGUAUUAUAUGGGUAAUUAUCUGAGCCAGUUACUAGCUGCUUCCCCUUUCAUUGAAUGGUUUAGUUGACAUUUGCAGAAUAUGUCAAGAUAUAACUAUGUUAAGGGGGCAUGGGGAAGGGGAAAUGCUCCAGGCAGAAAUGAAUUAUUUUUUACUAUUUGCUGAUAAAAGC